AUGAUGAAACGGAAAUUUCCGCAUAAUAACUUUCAAACUGGGCAAAUAGACAGUACAAUAAAGAACAAUAACACAGGUAAGGCUAGAAGCAACUAUUCAAAUGCUAUUGGGAAUGCCAAUUCUUAUCAAAAUUCAUUAAAAAUAGAAAGAAAUAAAAAUGCUCAAUGCUACCUCAAUGUGCCAACAAUACCGAACAACUUGAACAAUAAGAACACAAAAAAGAUUGAACAUAUAAACAAAAAACCUCCAAGUAAUUUAUACCAGAAAAUGCAAAAUGACGAUCAAUCUAAGAGACAUAUUGAUACAAAGAGAGAAAAAAGCGAAUAUGAAUAUUCUUCUACAAAAAUGAAUAUCCAACAAAACCAAGAUAGUUCUACAAAAAAGAAAAGCAAUUCAAAUCAAAUGGAAUCGUAUGAGACAAAAAAAAUGGUUGAAUCAAAAAAGAGUUGUAUUGAAGCGACUAGGAACAUUUUUUCAGUCGAAGAAAGUAUAUCUACUGGAAUUAAGAUGCAAUUGAUAUACAGUUUGUUUGGAAAAUCUGAAUUCCAGUCUUUAACUCAAUUAAUAUUCAACUUACUAAAUGGAAAGUCGGUUGGACCAGCUAAUAAAACAGAUAAGUCAAAGUGCAUACUUUUUCUUGAUUAUCUAAUUCUUAGAACAAAAAAGUUGAGUUACAUAAUUGAUUCUUGCAUUCAAGACAAAUCAUUAUUAUUAAGACUUUUAGAAAAAGAUAGGCAAGAGUUCGAAUUGUCUGUAAGAAAUGUUAAGCAUAUAAUUUACGAAAAUAUUGUAGAGUCGAAAAAUAUUCAAUCUUUUUGGCACAAAUGUGAUAUUCUUUCUGAAGAGAUAAAUUCUAUCAAAAAUAAGAGGGAUAUUCAAAAUGAAAUAGAAAGUGAAUAUGAAAGUUACAAUGUGAUUAAAGCCGUAACAAGAGAGAAAAAAAUAAAUUUCAAUCAAAAAAAGAAGUCCAUUCGUGAUAUUUGUCUAAUAUUAUCUAAAUUAAUUUCUAAAUAA